AUGGGGUCGCACAGCAGGCGAUGUCUGUACUGUCUGCCAGAGCAAAUAUUAAUUUGUGAGGAUGACAUCAUAAACCGUCAGCGGCGUUACCAAGCUACGCGUGCUGGUUUGUUGAAGAAGAGAAGAAAUUUAGAGGAUAAAUUUCUAUUCGGGCCAUCAAUUAAUUCAUACCGCAGUAACACCGCAGAGAUGCUUCGCUUUUCUUCGAGCAAAGUCUACCAGCACGAGUUGGAUCGGGAAUAUGAAGCACGCUUGCAGAAACUCCGAGAAGAGCUCAGAUUACGCGAGAGGGAGUGUGCACAAAAGAAUAUGUUCCAUCGUCCUCAACGCAUGCGCGAUAGUAUUGAGCAAAAGGAUCAGACAACCUCGAUCAUCUAUAAACAGUUUCCGCCGCCGUGCCCGAGAUGUCGCCUAAAGGGGCAUGAGACUAGGUACCCGAAACAGGAAUCUUCAAGCUGCCAGCAUGAGUCACCAUGCUAUUUCCCCCGUCCCGACUCUCGUGUUCAGCCUUUGAGUCAAAAUCGAGAGACAUCCCCUCCUACGGUUCAAGGCAUUCCUAGUGCAGAUAUACGAGCACCGCCGCCGCCGAUGCGGAAAUGUAAGGGUGUUCCCUUACGUCGUUCUACUAGAUCUCUUUCAGUGAAGAAAUCUUUGGAGGGUCAGAAGACGCGCCUGACUUUUCCCCUUCGGCACGGGAGGUCAGCUUCACCGCGCCGGAGCGAGGUCCCCAUAGAGGCUCUCUGGGCUGAAGAUAAAGGAAAGGGGUGUUGCCCCUCCUGCGGGUACCCUCUCACACGGGCCUCCGCCGCGGAAGUUGUUUCAAUGCUGGCGAAAGGGAAGUUUACUAACUUUUUACAUUGCAACAGCUGCGGCUUCGUUGCUGGGAAGCCGAGCUCAGAUGAGAAAAAUGCAGCGAACCAAUGCCCCACUAUGGGCUCACCUACUCGUGCAUGCAACGCAUCAUCAUCUCUUUCAAGGUCACCAUUUCACGGUCGUAGGGUAUUUAUCACGGACGAUGUCUACCUUGAGUUCCGGUCGAAGCUAUUUUCACAAUUGGAGCAAUCUGGGGCUAUCGAACGGGUACCUGAGACGCGGCGAAGUCUGAGCGUUUCACUGUCCGAAUGCACACCAAAAUGGAGGACACUUUCAUCACCAUCAGUCGAAGUGCAGUAA